AGAAGAAGGUCGCCAUCUUUGAAAUUCGCAGCAGGUUUAUUGCAGCGCAAUUUUUGAAUUAAGUCCAGUUUAAUUUACAUAACAGUGAAAUAAGCUGAAUGGCCAACCGAAAUAUGCACCAAGCUAGGGUGCCUGGUGCUUGCUCUCCUCAGCCGGGGAGGCGAGGGACGGACUCCCCGGCCUCGUCGGAGCCGACGCCGGUGAACAAAGGCAGCCCGGACCCGCUGCAGCAACAGUCUCCCGCGGCCGACCAAAGUGAAGGAGCCGCGGAGGAAACGGGGGAAGGCCCAUCGAAAAUGACUCUGGAUUUAGCAAGUUUUCGGAAGCCCGGAGAGAAGACGUUCACCCAGCGCUCCCGCCUCUUUGUCGGCAGCCUGCCACUGGAUAUCACGGAGGAGGAGUUCAAAAACCUGUUCGCUAAAUAUGGGAACAUUAACGAGGUCUUCAUCAACAGGGAGCGGGGAUUUGGAUUCGUUUGCUUGGAAACCCGAACUCUGGCGGAAAUUGCUAAAGUCGAGCUGGACGGGUUGGUUCUGAAAAACAGAGCACUAAAGGUCCGCUUCGCGACGCACGGAGCUGCACUCAAAGUCCGCAAUCUGCUGCCAGUAGUGACAAACGAACUCCUUGAAGAAGCGUUUUCUCAGUUUGGACCUGUGGAGCGGGCCGUUGUUGUGACGGACGACCGCGGCCGUUCCACUGGCAGAGGCAUCGUUGAGUUUGUAAGCAAAGUCGCCGCCCGUAAAGCCCUGGAGCGCUGCAAUGAGGGAGCGAUGCUGCUGACGACUACUCCAUGUCCCACCAUCGUGGAGCCAAUGGAGCACCUGGACGAUGAAGAUGGUUUACCUGAAAAGAUUCUUCCAAAAACUCCAAAGUAUUACAAAGAGCGGGAGCAGACGCCCCGAUUCGCCCAGCCCGGCACGUUCGAGUUUGAAUACGCGUCUCGCUGGAAAGCUCUGGACGAGAUGGAGAAGCAGCAGCGGGAACAGGUCGACCGAAACAUCAAGGAGGCCAGAGAGAAACUGGAGGCGGAGCUGGAGGCCGCCAAAAACGAACAUCAGCUCAUGUUGAUGAGACAAGAUCUAAUGAGACGUCAGGAGGAACUGCGGCGGCUGGAGGAGCUGCGCAAUCAGGAGCUGCAAAGACGAAAGCAGAUAGAAAUGAGGCACGAGGAGGAGCGAAGGAGGAGAGAGGAGGAGAUGAUGAGGCACAGGGAGCAGGACGAAUUGAGACGCCAGCCCGACGGCGGCGGCUUCGUUCCAAACUACCAUGAAAACAGGGAACAGGAAAUGAGAGUUGGUGAGCUGGGCCCUCGUGGAGCCGGUAAUAUGGGAGAUGGGUUUAACCAGGCCUCUGGAGGGCCCAGUGGUAACCAGGGGCAAAUGAUGGGCGGGAGUGGAAGGGGAGGAGCCAUUGCCCCAGAGGGAACGUCAAAUAUGGGGACACCUUUGAUGUCAGAGAAUGGAGCCAUGCGUAACGAUAGGUACUCUCAGGGCGGAUCAAUGGGCGGUCGAUCGGAGGUCGAGUCCCCAAAGCAACAGCAGCAGCCAUUGGGGCCGCAGGGUGGACCAGCUCCCGGAUAUAGCAGAGGCAGUCCAAGUCCAGGAGUCUUUGACGGCCCAAAUAGCAAACGCCGCAGAUACUAACGUCUAACGGUUCUCAUAUGAAUCAGCAGCCAGUGCAAUUAAUUAUUUUUCUACACAUCACCAUCAUGACUCCAAUUUUUUGGACAACAGAGUGGCAUGUUUUUGUCCGUUUGUGGAUUGACUUUUUGAUUGUUCUACCACUUUUUAGAAGAUUUGGAUGAAAGUCUUCGACCUUGUCUUUGCAAACACACACAUAUUGGAAAAUGUAUUUAUUUAUUUUUUUCAUUUUGUGAAUAUGCAAACAGUUUUGAGUCGGAUUAUAGCCUCAGUUGAUUUCUAAAGUGGAUCAUAUUAAAGGUUCAGACUUUCUGAUUUAUCAUUCUCCACCUGUCAAAUAGAUGUUUGCUAAGCAAAAGCAUAGAAGGUUAAUGAACUCAGUCAUUGUUGCUUUUUGAGUGUUUUACUAAUUUCUCCUGUAAGUCUGGCCAAUAUUUGUCCAGGCCCAUCUGCUAGUAAACUUUGAUCAUGUGAUUAAAAAGGAAACUAAACGAGGUGAAGAACCAGGUGCUGGUCAUUUCCCCCCAUGCCAUUUUAUUUUUAAUAUUAAACAAUUACAAUAUGGUUCCAAGUCCCCUUAGCAAAUCCGUCCAUGCCCACUUUGUUCCUGGCACUCGUACUCUCACUUCCUAGCAAAAGUACAUUUAAUAUGCACUGAUUAAAACAACGUUUAAGGGUUUAUAUUUCAAAAUAUGGAUCGUAGGUUUCAGUGGAAGUCUAUGUCAACAUAUUGCCUUGAGGUUUCAGUGAGAUUUGUUUUUUUUAGAUGAACUUUUCUAUAUUUUAGCAUUCAUUUUUCAUUUGCAAAUUUGUGCAUAUCCUUGUCUUGAUGUUUGGAAUAUACAUUUUACCCAAGAAGCUUUUACGAUGUCAGCAACAAAUGAGUUUUUUGCCUUCUAGUUUUAUGCAUAAUUUACUAAAUCUAAAAAAAAAAGAAGGUAAAAUGAAAUCAUGAGUAAAAUUAAAGAUUUUUAGCUGUAUUUGCUUUCAGAUAAAAAAAAACUUUAAAGAAAUUAACAGCUUCCACAGUGCAAGAUGGAAUUAGCAAUUUGACAAAGAGGUGAAUUGGCACCUUAAGAAUUUAUUGAUAUGUUACAACCUAUU